AUGACUCGGCGCGGGGGGCUGAUCAUCAACUUCUCCACGGGCGAUGCGACGUCGAUGACGAUAAAAUCUGCGAUCAAGAGAGACGUCACGCACGGGGUCUUGAUGUUGGUCGCCUGGGGCGUGUUGAUGCCGACGGCGAGCGCGGCGCCGAGAAUGAAAUUUUUAUUCCCCGACGGCAAGUGGUUCUUGAUGCAUCAGAUUGGCGUGGUCGUCGGUGCCGUGGUAUUCGUCACGGCGGGUGCGAUGCUCUUGGCCGAGCACGACGAACGCGAAGAUGCACACAGCGAGUCUAGUACGUUUGACGCGCACAGCCGCAUCGGCAUCGCCGUCGGUUUUCUUUGGUUGGCGCAGUUUCUUCUCGGCGUGUUUCGACCGAAUAAGAACAUCACCGACAGCGCGCGCUUUGGAUUCAUCCCGUCGAGUUGGCGAAAGGCGUGGUUCCUUGCCCACGCUAGCCUCGGCCCAAUCACGAUCGGUUUGGCCUCCGUCGCGCUCGUCCUCGGCGCCGUACUGAUUCGCGAUAAAUACGUCGGUGAAACCGAUUCCGGAGUCAAGUUCCUCGCCGACGGUGGCGUUUACGGCAUCAUGGCUGCCGUUUGGUUCGUGUGCGCCUUCGGCGUCUGGCGCGACGGUUUCGCAAAGGCGAAAGGUGGCUUGGAAAAUUACGUCGCGCGCGAACCCACGCCGUCGGAGAGCAAUCGCAACGCGCGCGAGAUGCGGUUCACCGGCAUCACCGUCUCCCGGGGAUGA